UGUCUGGUCGGACGAUCAUUCACGAGAGAUCGCUUUCCAGUUGAACUCUGGCAAUCGCCUAAAGACAAAGUAUAGAGAAAGAGAGAGAGAGUGGACUGAAAUUGAAAGUGAGAAUUUAAGUGAAAUUUUUUUUUAAAUAAAAUAUUAUGCAUUUAAAGUAAAAAGAAAAAUUAUGUAUUCGGUUUAAGUGCAGUGAAAACGAAUUUAUUAAAAAAAAAUCUUAUUUAGUGAUACAGGAGUUUAGUGAGAGUGGUGAAGAAAUGGAUGAAACGAGUAAGAAAUCCUAUGAUCUUUCUAAAGCUUCUCCAGGGGGUGAAAUUACCCCGCUGAAGCCUAAAGAUCGGCAGCUAUGGCGCGAUUUGGUAGCCUAUUGGAUCUUAGGGCUGUGCAACAACUAUGGCUAUGUAGUUAUGCUGAGUGCUGCGCAUGAUAUUCUUGCCGAAUUCGACGAGAAUUCUCAUGAUGAACCCAAUCAUGAUUUUCAAAGAGAGUGCAACUACAUUUCAACUGGAGCCAUCCUCCUGGCGGACAUUAUUCCAGCUCUAUGUAUAAAAUUCACCGGCCCCUUUCUGCCCUUCCUCAUCCACUUACGUGUGUCUCUAUGUUGCGGACUUGCUGCGGCUGGAUUCUUCCUUGUUGGUUACGCCACAACAGAAUGGGUGGCGAUUGUGGGUGUUGUCUGCACAUCACUCGCCUCGGGACUUGGUGAACUAACUUUCCUAGCUUACUCCGCCAACUACAAUAAGAAUGUUGUAUCAACGUGGUCUUCGGGUACGGGUGGUGCUGGAAUAAUUGGUUCAAUCUCCUAUGCUGGAUUGAGGAAUAUCGGACUCAAUACCACUCAAACACUUCUAGUUAUGCUUGUUGUUCCCGCUGCUGAAGCUGUGGCAUUUUGGGUCAUCCUUCGACAUGGUCAAAAGGCAAUUCCUGAGACAACAGCGGGCUGUGACAAUACUGCUGCCACAACAGAUUCAAACAGUAACCUACCACAGAGAAAGGAAUCCGAAAGUAAUGACGAUGUCGAGAAGACAGCAAGCAUUGAUGAGGAGGAUACACCAUUGAUUGGAUUUAGGCAGAAGAUUCGUUACGUUCCCAAAAUGUUCAAGUAUAUGAUCCCAUUGACGCUUGUCUAUCUCUUUGAGUACUUCAUCAAUCAAGGACUGUUUGAGCUGGUUUACUUCCCGGGCAUUUGGCUGGACAAGGCCAACCAAUACAGAUGGCUCCAGGUUGACUACCAAAUUGGUGUCUUCAUCUCACGCUCAUCAGUUAAUUUAGUCAGCUUUAGGAGAGUCUGGAUUAUGGCUGUACUGCAAUUAAUCAACGUAAUCUUCUUCCUCUUCGAAGUCUUCUACUUCUUCAGCCCCAGUAUUUGGCUCAUCUUUGCCGUUGUCUUCUGGGAGGGUCUUCUCGGUGGUGGAGCCUACGUAAAUACAUUCUAUCGCAUGAGCAUUGAAUUAUCUCCCAAUAGGAAGGCAUUUGCAAUAAGUGUAACGUCUGUAUCGGAUUCCGUUGGUAUUGCUCUGGCAGGACUUGCAGCUAUACCCACCCACAAUGCCAUUUGCAGACUGCCCGGUGGGAGGUGAAGUAUGCAAGAUUAAGUAAUAUUAAAAUGAGCAUUUUGAAUAAUAUAUAUAGUUUAAUUUAAAUUAUAUAUAACUGAUAUUCUAGGAACAUUGUUAGGCUUUAAAUUUGAAUAGAUUUAAAAUUUAAUUGGAAUAGAAUUAAAUUGGAAAUUAGAGAGGAAAAUAAUAAAUUAAAAUGAAACCAAA